CUUCCUCCUACAGAUAAAGACAAUAAUUUACCUUGCUCUGAAAACCAACACAAUGGCAUUAUUCCCGGUGUUGCUGUUUCUGGCUCCUGUGUUGCUUCCGUUCUUUCCUGCAAAUGGACAGGAUCCAGUUUUUGAUACUUUGUCAAUCACCCGAAAAGAAGUCCAAAGUGAGAUUGUAAAUAAACACAAUGACCUAAGGAGAGCAGUCUCUCCGCCUGCCAGUAACAUGCUGAAAAUGAAAUGGGACAGCAAAGCAGCAGCAAAUGCCCAAAAGUGGGCAAACAAGUGCCUUCACAAACACAGUAGCUCACAGGACCGAGCAAUUGGUAAAAGGAGUUGUGGCGAGAAUCUCUUCAUGUCAAGUAACCCUACUUUGUGGUCACAUGCAAUCCAAAACUGGUUUGAUGAGAAAGAUGAUUUUACCUAUGGUGUAGGGCCCAGAUAUUCAGAUGCAGUGAUUGGACAUUAUACUCAGGUUGUUUGGUACUCAUCAUUCCUUGUCGGAUGUGGAGUUGCUUAUUGUCCCAAUCAAAAAACUCUAAAAUACUACUAUGUUUGCCAAUAUUGUCCUGCUGGUAAUAUUGUUGGCAGAGAACAUAAUCCUUAUCUACAAGGAAAACCUUGUGCCAGCUGCCCUAAUCACUGUGACAAUGGACUAUGCACCAAUACUUGCAAGUACGACGAUGUUUAUAGUAACUGUAAAGACUUGAAGAACCAAUAUGGUUGUGGAAGAAAACUCAUCAAGGACAGUUGCAAGGCUUCCUGCAAUUGUUCAGACAAAAUUUAUUAAACACCCAAUACAACUGAACAUGGAUGGCUAAGUGUAAGAGAAGCACAUGUACCUACACUUGACAUUUAUUAGCAAGAAAAUCAUAGAUAUGUUAGCUAUAAAUUUGAUUCCAAAUAGUAUUGUCUUUUUUUCCUGGAUAUGUUUUUAACUUUACAGAAAUCUCUUUUACCCAAAGAAGUGUUCACAUAUGGAGUCUUCAGUUCCUCAUCUGCCACUCACUCUUCUUUUCACUCAUCUAGCUUCCAUCCUUAUAAUUAAAUUAGAAUAUUUUUCCUAAGGUAACCUCAACCUUCAUUUUGCCAAAAUUCUUCAUAUACAUAAAAAGUAGAAUAUGACCACACCUUCCUGUUUAAACCUCUCCUCUCUUAGGCAAAUCUUCCUUAAAGAAGAAUUUAAUAUAAUACACAUAAAUACUCUUUUCUCCAGGAGACAGAAUUUAAUCCCCUCACUUUUGAGUCUGGGCUGGACUUAGUGACUCAUUUCCAAAGAGUAAAGUAUGGAAAGGGAACAAUAUAACUAUAUAGAGAAAUCUGUCAAUUGCCAUCUUAAGCAAGUGAUCCAAGUUAGCAUUGCCUGUAAUAAGUCAUGCAGACUCGCGGACCUGUUCAUAUGAUGUGAUUAGAAGG